AUGGAGAAGGGCCCGGGGCGAGCGGCGCCGGCGAAGCCGCGGGACUCGGGGUGCAGCAAUGGGUGCCUGGAGGGGGAGCCGCGGCGCGGGCCGCCCGGCCGCCCGGCCGAGAAGUCGCCGCGUGCCGAGACCAAGAGCGCCCAGCCGACGGACGGCUGGAAGGGCGACCGGCCCCGCAGCGAGGAGGACAACGAGCUGCACCUCCCCAACCUGGCCGCCGCCUACUCGUCCAUCCUGCGCUCGCUGGGCGAAGACCCCCAGCGGCAGGGGCUGCUCAAGACGCCGUGGCGGGCGGCCACGGCCAUGCAGUUCUUCACCAAGGGCUACCAGGAGACCAUCUCAGAUGUUCUAAACGAUGCUAUAUUUGAUGAAGAUCACGAUGAGAUGGUGAUUGUGAAGGACAUAGAUAUGUUUUCCAUGUGUGAACAUCAUCUAGUUCCAUUUAUUGGAAAGGUCCACAUCGGUUACCUUCCCAACAAGCAAGUCCUUGGCCUCAGCAAACUUGCGAGGAUUGUAGAAAUCUAUAGUAGAAGAUUACAAGUUCAAGAGCGCCUUACAAAGCAGAUUGCCGUAGCAAUCACGGAAGCCCUGCGGCCUGCUGGAGUCGGGGUCGUGGUUGAAGCAACACACAUGUGUAUGGUGAUGCGAGGGGUGCAGAAAAUGAACAGCAAGACUGUGACCAGCACGAUGUUGGGCGUGUUCCGGGAAGACCCCAAGACGCGGGAGGAGUUUCUCACCCUCAUCAGGAGCUGA